CCGGAAAAAUGGCGAGGGAGAAUACGCGUCACUAGCGAUUUUCACAGAGCAUAUAAAAUAUUCUCACAUUCUUUCAUUUUGUUUAUGGUACGAAAAUAAUUGAAAAUUUUAAAUUGUUCACGCAGGCAAAUCUAAUCACAUUAGCUGCAUACAUUUAAUCACACCUAGCUGCAACAAUUCACUUGAUGUACAACCAUUUGAAGGCAAGAGAGCUUUUUAAGUGCGUACGAGUGAAAAAUGUCUUAGUUAUUGCAGCAGCAUCGGGGGCGAUCUUUAUAUGUCAUUUCUUAAGCAUCCAAGGCCAAUGGUAACCGAGUUUUCUCAGUCUCAAAAAAUCAUCGGAACCUGUCAAAAUGCCGCCACCACCGGGUUUGGAGGGCAUGGGAAUGCCACCAUCACCAUCCUAUACGGGAGCUUCUGUAGGACCAUUGAAUUAUAAUCCACAAAGUUCUUCAGAAUGGCAAGAACGGACUGCUAGAGAUGGAAGGAGAUACAUUUACUAUAAAAGAACAAGGAAGUCUAGUUCGGAGAAACCUUUAGAAUCAAUGACACCAAUUGAGGCUAGUACUCAAUGGAGGAAAGUUCAAGAUAGGCUGGAGGAUGAUGAGAGAUGCUCAAGAGUUGAUAUAAAAAACCGGUUGGAGAUUUUCCAGGAGUAUAUAUGUGAUUUGGAGAAGGAAGAAGAUGAACAAAAGAAUCAAAAGGAAAAUUUGCGCCAAAGGGAACGUAAAAAUCGGGAUGAAUUCCGAAGAUUAAUGGAGGAUCAUAAAGCAAGUGGCCUGCUUACAGAAAAGACACAAUGGCUUGAUUACUGUGCCAAGGUCAAGAACCAUCCUGCUUAUCUAGCUGUGGCUUCAAACACAUAUGGUUCACCGCCCAAGGAUUUGUUUGAAGGUUUUGCAGAAGAGAUGAAAAAGCAGUAUCAGGAGGACAAAGCAAACAUAAAAGAUGCUUUGAAGGCAGGAAAGUUCAUAGUAACAUCAGCAUGGACUCUUGACAAGUUCAAAGCCUCCAUUGGUGAAGUAUACAAUUUGGCUGCUGCAUCUGAAACAAGUCUUAAGCUUGUGUUUGAAGAAGUGCUUGAACAAGCAAAGCAAAAGGAAGAGAAAGAAGCAAAAAAGAGGCAAAGGCUGGCAGAUGAUUUUAUGGAUUUGCUUCAUUCUGUGAAGGAAAUUGUUGCUUCCUCAAAAUGGGAGGAUUGCAUACCUUUGCUUGAGGAUGCCCAAGAGUACAGGGCAAUUAGUGAUGAAAGCUUCUGUAAAGAGAUAUUUGAUGAGUACAUUGCACAUCGUCAAGAAAAGGUUAAGGAAAAGAAACUCAAACGAGAUGAAGAAAACGUAGACAACUUUAUUACUUUUCUUCCAUCUGUUGGGCAUGUGCACAAAGAUUGGGGACCAAAAAGUGGCCACUCUCGUCAAGGUCAAGGUACUCAAACAACUAGUCCUAGAACUAGAAGUGAGGCAUCCAUUGGGGGAACUUCAGGAAAUGUGAAUGAGGCAGGGGCAGCAAGUUCAACCGCAAACCCAUUUGAAUGUCCUUCCCAUAUCCUCAAAGAUUUUGCAAAAGGACCAUUCAACCCCAAAAAACCUCUAUCACAAUUUGCUACAAGAUUUGACAAAGAUGAGAAAAAAAAUUCAGGGGGUAGUAGAGUAUGGGAGUGUCAUUUGUGCUACAAACAAUUUACGGGCAGCUAUACUAGGGUCUAUUGCCAUCUUUUGUGGAUAGGUGGUCAAGGGGUGAAAGGUUGCAAAAAAAUAACUCAAGCUCAGAAAAUUGAGGCAACUAGAUUGCAUAUGGAGGGGGAAGCAUUAAGUAAAGGGACUUCAAUGAAUAAUUCUAAUUUUCAGCCUAGUGUGUCAAUGGAUGAUGCUUCUCAUUGGGGAGAGGGUGCCACUUCUAGUAGAGGAAAGGAAAAGAAGACUAAGAGAGAAACUAAUGUUGCUGAUUUGCUUAACAUACAAGCACGAGAUAAGGCUGAAGCCUCUAUUGCUAAGUUUCUCUAUGCUCAUGCUAUACCAUUCCAUGUCUCAAGAUCAUCAUAUUUUAAACAAAUGUUCAAAGAUGUCAUAGAUGCUGGUCCCUCAUUUGUUCCACCUGGAGAAAUUAAACUACGCACCACCCUUCUUGAUAAAGAAUACUCCAAGGUGACUGUUUUGAUGGAGGAUAUGAGACAAACAUGGAUGAGGGAUGGAUGCUCUAUAAUCAUGGAUGGAUGGACCGAUAUCAAACAUCACCCACUCAUCAAUCUUAUUGUCAGUAGCACUACAGGCUCUUAUUUUCUUAGGGCUAUAGAUUGUUCAGGGAAAAGGAAGGAUGCAGCCUUCCAAUUUCAGAUUUUGAGAGAGGCCAUAGAAGAGGUUGGAACCUCUAAUGUUGUGCAAGUAGUGACUGAUUCAACCCGUGUGUGUAAGCUAGCUGGAUUGAUGGUGGAGAGUGCUUAUAAGCACAUUUUUUGGACCCCAUGUUGUGUGCAUGCAUUGAACAAUACCUUGAAGGACAUUGGGAAAAUUGAUUGGGUGAAGACAAUGGUGUUAGAGGCUAGAGAUGUGCAAAUGUUCAUUUGCAACCAUCACACUUCACUUGCAUUGUCUAGGAUGUUUUUGAGGAAGGAAUUCCUCAAGCCCGUGGAGACUAGAUAUGCCAGCUACUUUAUUUUGUUAGAGAGGAUGCUUGAGGUCCAGGAAGCUCUACAAUCGAUGGUGGUCAAUGCAGAGUGGAUUAGAUGGCACGAGGCAAGCACAUCGGAGGGUAGAAGUGUGAAGCAAAAAAUUCUUGAUGAUAACUGGUGGUCCACAAUGAGAUAUAUUUGCUCCUUCAUUGAGCCUAUCGUGCGAGUGAUUAGAUAUGCUGAUACUAACACUCCUAACCUUGGAGAGAUUUAUGAGACCUUUGAUAGCAUGCUUGGGCGGAUCAAGCAAGUUAUUCAUAGCAGGGACCCCACUUUGGGAUUUUAUGAGGAGCAUCUUGGACCCAUUGUGAGGCGACGAUGGAACAUUAUGAACAACCCACUUCACAUGGCAGCCUAUGCUCUCAAUCCCAAAUGGUAUGCACCGAGACCUGGGAGAGCGCCUCCAUCUAGUGAUGAAGAGGUGAAAGAUGGCUUCUAUAAGGCCCUUGCAAAAAUGUAUAAUGAAGAUGAUUCUACCAAACUUCGCACACAGUGGCUUGCAUUUGUUAAUCUUCGUGGUCCAACCUUUGACAGGCCAGAGGCGAGGUCGGAUAGAGCUACAUUAGCUCAAGUCGAUCCUAUUGGAUGGUGGACAUGGCAUGGUAGGGAUGCACCAGACCUAAGAGUACUUGCCGUUCGUCUUCUUUCACAGGUUGCCAGUUCCUCUGUUGCAGAGAGGAAUUGGUCCACAUAUAGCUUUAUCCAAUCAGUCAAGAGGAACCACCUUACCUCUAGACGAUCAGAGAAGUUAGUGGUUGUUCACAGUGCAUUGCGUUUACAGGAUCUCCAGACUCUCGAGUAUCGUCAGACUCCAUCCUUACGUUGGGAUGUCAAUCCUGAAGAUGCUAUGCAAAUUGAGGAGACACUUUUAGGAUUGGUUGGGGUUCCAUUGGUUGAGGCAGCCCCUCAUAUUGAUAGUGACUCGGACAGAGACUCGAGCUCUAAUCUUGAUUUAGACUCUUAGACCUACCAUGUGCUGAUUAUGGACAGCCAUAUAUUUUCUUAGUUGUAUCUUUAGAUUAUUAUGGAUUGCUGAUUAUGGACUUC